AUGGAAGAACAUUUAGAUGCUUUGGAAAUAGUUUCGUCAAAGGGAGAUAGGCAUGUAUCUAAUAAUUUGAGUGAUAGUCGAACUAUACACUUUAGAGGAAGUUUUAAUGAGGUUGAAACGUUAUACAAAAUUGUAGUGAAAGAUAAUCCGAUAGCGCAAAGAUACUGUGAUAAUUGUGGGUUUUCUUCUGUCUUUGAGUUUAACUUUUCCAAUGCGGAUAGAGGUUUAGUUGAAGCCAUAGCUGAGAGAUGGCGGAAAAAAACCAAGAGCUUCCAUUUUAGAGAAUUUGAGCUUGGCCUCCUUCCUUUAGAUUGGUAUAUGUUAAUGGGAAUUCCCGUUGGUGACCCAACGAAAAAUCAAGUAGUUAUGCCGGUAUUGGGUGAGCUUAUAGUUGCCACUUUGGAUGAUUUUUAUUUUCAAAAUUUCAAAGGAUUUGAUAACUGGAACAAUAAGCAAAGUACAAUAUCCCUGGGUAUCUUGAGAACCUACAUUAAAAGUAAAGAAAAUACCAAUAAUGUUGAAUGUGCAGAUGUAUUGACAAGAGCAUUUUUUGUUUGGUGUUUUGGUCAUUUUCUUAUUGCGGGUUCUAGUGGAAGAGUAGAUAAACGUUGGGUUUUAUUGCUGGAUGAUUUGGAUAAAGUUGGGGAAUAUGAUUGGGGUUUAGAUUCCUUAGGUAAAACCUAUAAAUUUCUUGAUGGAUGGUCAGAGAAUGGGAAGGAUUUAUCUGGCAUGGUUAUGGUACUUGAGUAUUGGUUUUCCAUCUCCUGA